AUGUCAAAGACAAAAUCCAUCCUCCUAAUCAACGGUCCAAAUCUCAAUCUUCUCGGCACGCGCGAACCUGCAAUCUAUGGAUCUACCACCCUCUCAGACGUAAUCUCCUCCGCCACAGAACAAUGUGCCAAGCUCUCUAUACAAUUUUCACAUUCUCAAUCAAACCAUGAAGGUGUGUUGAUAGACCGUAUACAUGAAGCGCGUGGCAAUGUCGACUUUAUCGUGAUCAACCCUGGAGCUUUCACACACACGAGCGUGGCGCUGCGGGAUGCUUUGGGCGGUGUGGACAUACCGUUUGUGGAGAUUCAUAUCAGUAACGUUCACAAAAGAGAAGCUUUCCGACAUCACAGCUACCUGAGUGAUAAAGCUGAGGCGGUGAUCUGUGGGCUAGGUGUAUAUGGAUAUGAGGCGGCUAUUGAGUAUGCUGCCAGGUUCCUCGAGAAAAAGGAGAAAGACGAAGAGAAAGCAAGACUGUAG